GUGAGAAAAGGAAGAAAGGAGGGUAGCUUAUAGUGAAGUGCUGCUGGGUUGGAAGAAGGGAACGGGGUAGUUUUUUUUUAUUAUUAUUGUUUAUUACUUUGCCCGUUUCCACCUCCUUAUCCUGGCGAAAGGUUGAACGGUUAAAAUGGAGGCGGACAGAUCCGGCGGAGGACCAAACCCGAACUCCGGAGGCGGCAGCAGCAGCGGAACGGGGCGCAACCCAAACGGGCCCAAAGCAGCACCGGGCCAGGCGACAUCAGCUGCGGCGACCGGGGCGAUGGCUGCAGCCGCGGCGGCAGCAGCAGCAGCCGGGGCCAUGCCCGGAUCGUCGCAGGCACGGGAGCCGCAGGACGGGGACUCGGGUAUGACGCUUCCUGGGAUCCUGCACUUCAUCCAGUACGAGUGGGGACGCUUCCAGGCCGAAAAAUACCGCUGGGAGGCUGAGAGGGACGAACUCAGGGCUCAGGUGGCGUUCCUGCAGGGUGAAAGGAAAGGGCAGGAGAAUAUGAAACAGGACCUGGUGAGGCGGAUCAAAAUGCUGGAGUAUGCCCUCAAACAGGAGAGGGCUAAGCACCAGAAGCUGAAGACAGGAAACGACCAGAGUCCCGGAGACAAGAAACCAGAGACGGAGGCAGACCAACUUCCCAAUGGGCCAGCUGAGUCAGACUCUGAGCCAGCCAAUCAGAUGUCCUGGAAGGAGGGACGUCAGCUACUACGCAAAUAUCUGGAGGAAGUGGGUUAUUCAGACACCAUCCUGGACAUGCGGUCUAAGCGCGUGCGCUCCCUGCUCGGGCGAAGUAGUCCUGAGGCUAACGGGCCCCCACCCAGUGAAACUUGCGCCGAGCCCGAGCCCCGGGCAGGUGGAGAGUCAUUGUUGGUCAGACAGAUAGAGGAACAAAUUAAGAGGAAUGCGGGCAAGGAAAGCUCUAAGGAGCGUCUGGGUGGUUCAGUGCUGGAUAAGAUCCCCUUCCUGCAUGGCUGCGAGGAUGAUGAUGAAGACGACAGUGACGAGGAAGAUGACUUCCAAGGCAUGGCUACUGACUGCAUUGAUGGACCGCGCAAGAACAAAAAGUCACGUGUAAAGAUGGGGUCGGAGCCCAUGACCACAGACCUUGACCCAGAGGAUGAGGAAGACGAAGAUGACUCAGAAGAUGCCCUCGGAGAAUUUGACUUCCUGGGCUCGGGGGAGGAUGGGGAGGGGGCGGGAGAGGCCCGGAUCUCGGGGGACGGACGGGAGUUAGAGAACCGCAGGAACAAGUUACAAGGCAUGAUGUCGGACUUCCCUCCUAAGCCUACCCCGCCCCCUUCAGUAUCAGGACAGGCUCGCUCUGGUGAAGGUGGCGCCCUGGGUUUCUCCUCAGACGUCUUCAUCAUGGAUGCUGUCGGAGGCGGGGACAUGAACCUUGGUGAACUGGCUGAUCUGACUGUUGCCAAUGACAACGAUCUCUCCAUGGAUAUGCAGGAUAACAGAGAGGAGUUUAAGAAGACAUGGAACCCUCGUUUCACACUACGCAGCCACUUUGAUGCCAUCCGCGCUUUGACCUUUCACCCCAGCCAAGCGGUGCUGCUCACAGCCUCUGAGGAUGGAACACUAAAACUGUGGAACCUCAACAAGGCCAUGCACUCUAAAAAGAACGCAGCUUUGGAUGUCGAGCCCAUCUAUACAUUCAGAGCGCACAGUGGAGCUGUUCUGUCACUGACCAUGGGCGAGGAUGGAGAAUCCUGCUACAGCGGAGGUCUGGAUGGAACCGUCAGGUGUUGGAAGAUGCCAGACCUCAAUGUGGAUCCUUACGAUAACUACGAUCCUGGCAUCGAGAGCAGCGUACUAGCAGGCCACGAGGACAGCGUCUGGGGUCUGACUUACUCGGCAGUUCAUCAUCGUCUUGCCUCGUGCUCAGCCGAUGGCACCAUUCGCAUCUGGGACCCUCAGAACUCUGCUCCCUGCCUGUCUGUGUUCAAUAAGGAGAGAGAGCACGGAACACCCACCUCAGUGGCCUUUGUGGCUACGGACCCCAACCAGGUGGUGGUGUCGUUUGACGGUGGUGAGACGCUGCUCUACGACCUCAACACAGAGCAGAGCAUCACUGCGCUAGAGACACAGACCAAGGAUGGCAGUGAGCUGAUCAACCGAGUGGUCAGUCACCCAUCUGAGCCUGUCUCCAUCACUGCACAUGAGAACCGCACCAUCCGCUUCCUAGACAAUAAGACAGGUAAAGUUGUCCACUCAAUGGUGGCUCACCUGGAUGCAGUCACCUGUCUUACUACAGACCCUAAAGGCACUUACCUCAUCUCUGGCAGCCACGACUGCUCGGUGCGGCUGUGGAUGCUGGACAACAGGACGUGCGUGCAGGAGAUCACAGCCCACAGGAAGAAGCACGACGAGGCCAUUCAUGACGUGGCCUUCCACUCUUCACAGCCCUUCAUCGCCAGCGCCGGCGCAGAUGCACUUGCCAAGAUCUUUGUCUGAUAGCACUGUCGUCAUUCUGAGUCCUACAACCACAACUGGGCCAAAAGAGACUGAAGACUACAGUGGACAAAUUUCACCUGCUUACACACACACAUACACAAACACACACACUUGUCCUGCACCCCACUGGCUGGGUCAUCGCCACAGGACGUCACUUCCACUCGAUUCCUCACUGUUCUCUGAUGCCUCAGUGACUUCUUGUAAUACUAAUCACUGCUUUUUUAAAACUUUAACUGCUCCGUUUUCAAGUAAUCAUAUCUGGAGUAACACUUUUCUACACUACAAUAUUUUGCUCUGCUAUUUUUUUUUUUCUUUUUUUUUUUUUCAGUCUGCCAAUGGUUAUUACAAAGCACCGUGUGUGUGUUUGUGUGCUUGAACUGCUGACACACUACUCACAUUUCACAGAGAACCACAGAGGAAACACUCGCACUGCACAGCGCACACAACGCAUAAAUGCACCGUCGCAUUUCAUUUGAGACCUUUUUUUAAUAGCUGAAAGAUUGCUUGUUUCUAACAUACACAUGUAGACAUGAUUUAAAACAGUAACUUGCUCCCAGUGUCGGCGGAAAACACCUGACCAACCUCUGCAUUGGGAAUCAAUGUAUUACAUUCCAAAGACUCCAGGGUUAGAGUGUGUGUGGUGUCGUAUUUUGGGGUUGGAGAAUGUUUAACUUAGCUGUGUGUGAUGUGAGGAGGCACUAGGCAGUCGCUAACCAGUGUUGAACAGAUAGCUUUAAUUUCAACUUUAUCGCCAAGACACCAAGUCUCAUUUUCUGUCUGAGUAUUAUAGCGUCCCCAUGAUUCUGCCUCGAAUGUGUGUGUGAGAUUAAAUGUCACUCUGCUGUACAAGAUAAAUGAACAUAUUUACGCAAUCACGGUCCAUUUCUACAGAUGUACAGUUUGAAGUCGACUCUGCAGACUGAUGCUGGCACACCGUAUUAACCAGCUAAAGAUUGAUACCAUGAGAACACAGUGGGAAGUCUAUAGACUACAGAGGUGUGAGGCCAGUUUGUAUGCGCUCAACAAAUGACACACGUGGUGUCAUUUGGUGCUUUUCUUUUUCUUUUCUUUUUUUUUUACUGUACAGAAGAGUGUGUGUGUGUGUGUGCGCGUUUGUAAAUGCACUAGUUAAAUCACGGUGCUAUGAAAGACCUCGUCAGUCUUGAGUCAGAAUCAGGGACCUGUUUUGUGUGUGUGUGUGUAUGUGUAUGUGUGAAAAAGAGAGACUGUGUGUGUGUGUGUGUGUGUGUAUAGAUGUACAUCGAGUGAAUCAACUUUUUCAAUGACAUUUCAUUGUUGGAUCAUUUCAUUAACUCUGGUCACAUUUCAGAAUGAACAGUCGCUGGUAAUGUUUCUCAGAGGGAUGUGAAUAAUGCCUGAGGAGUGUGUGGAGCUGGUGAUAAUGAUAUUACAGUGAAGACCACAUGGGCUGAAAUGGUUUCCUCAGAUGAGAGCUGUUCAGAUCAUCUGUUUAAGUUCACCUUGAAGUUGGUUGCCCGUUGGUCGGCGUGUAUUUAACCAUGCUUUGGAAAAAAAAAAAAAAACUUCACCUUCAGUUGUGUGUUGAAGUUCCCUCUUCUUGUUUGACGUGCAUCAGUUGCACAGUAGCACAUUACCCAGAGAGCUGAUGACGUGAAGCUGGUCUCCUCUUUCUGAAGAGACAUGCUAGAAGAAAUAACUCCAGGGGUUAAAAAAGUUAAAAAAAAAAAAAAAAGAAAAAAAAAAAAGAAGAAGAAAGUCCAUUUUAAAUUCAACCACUUUUGUCAGAAAGAUAAAAGGAAAGUAUUUAUUCAAGAUGUGUGGGUGUAAGUAACAUGAUUCAGCACCUGAUCUGUCUGAUCUGUUAAGGUUCUGCAAUUUUGAGAAUAACCCAGAGAACAUUUGUCUUAGGUGGAAACAUUGUUCCUUUGAGACACCUCACAUCUACGUAUCUGUGUCCUGUGUUUACACUGAUAACUGCAGGACACAUGUUUGUUUGCUUUAGGUGAAAGUUGCCCCCUAACAGCUGACCUGAUUUCAAAUAACUUGACCGGUAAUGUUAUUCUAUUACCUCAAGAAGACUGAUAAAAAAAAUCUGGUGUCAAAUCAGUUGUCAAAGGGGCAACCCUCCUCUUCCUCAUCUUCCUCCUCCUCCUCCUCCUCCCCCUCUUCAAGAGUACAGGGUCACACUAGGGGUCGGACGUCAGAUCUAAAAGUUGAAAGUAGCCUAGAGGUAAACACUCCUCUCCUCAUCACUGGGGACACUAGCAUUUAUAGUUCAGAUUUUUUUUUUUUUUUUCUCAAACAGGGUGGUGGACUGUUGUCUGAAAUCAGACAGCAUGUUAUCCCGUUGUACAUCUUUUCUUUGACAUGAGUCUUGUCAAAGAGAACAACCAGGUGCAACUACACGAUUGCACUGCUGCUGGGCACAACGUCCUGAAAUCACAUUGGGAUACUGUUUGGCUCCACGUUGCACUACAUCUAAUAGUGGACGCUGUGAAUAGACAGACAGGGUGCAGGGAUAAUGUUUUGAAGGUAUUUCUAAUACAAUCUGGAGUAAAUACUACAAAGGUGGAACCUGCUGUGGGUCACAGUGUUUUGAUAGUGAGAGUUACUGAUGUUUUUUUUUCUGUUUGUUUUCACUCUGAGCUACUGUGUCCCCUCUCUGAGAAUAAAAGACAAAUCAGUAUGACACAUCAAAAAAGAAAAAGAAAUCAAAACAGAGGUUGUAAAUGAUGACUAGAGAUGCCAUUAUGUGCUGUAAAUGUCCAUCAUUUCCUUGUUUUCUUUCUUGCAUUUCUUUUCUUUGAUUAUGAAUAUGAUUAUUAAGAUGUAAGAAUACUGUAGUAUCAUAAGUGAAUCAUUCUUCCUUGCUAGGCAUAGAACUUGCUUGUGAUUGAUAAUGGCAAUGUAUAACUUGUAAAAAAGCAAAAACAAUUAAAAAACAUGAAAAAUUAAAAAAAAUAAGUUUAAAAAAAAAAAAAAUCUGUUACCAGUCAGAGGCCAAGGUAAAGGACUCUCAUUUCUUUGUGUUUUUAUUUUUUUAUUAGCAAUUUAUCACUGUGUGAUAUUUUGUACAUCAUAUUAAGCUGUAUUCAAACAAUUUCCUCUAACUACAAGGGAUAAGAGACCUGCUUUUUAUUAAUUUUGUUUUAUUAUAUAUUUUUGAACUGCAUUCUAGCUUGUAUCAAAUGACUUUCUCUUUUUGUUUACGGGUUCCCUGUUGUAUGUCAUUAAGGAAGAAAAAACAAAAAAUGAAGAUUUUGUACAGUGAA